AUGCAAGGCUUACAUAGUGUGCAUAUGCAAAUUCUUAUUUAUAUUCUUUCUUUUCUUCCUACCAAAGAUGUUGUAAGAAGUUCCAUAUUAUCAGUAAAGUGGAGGUACUUGUGGACUCAUUUAUCUGUCUUUGAUUUUCUAAUUCCUCGAGUUAAGUACGGCAAAAAUCAGAAUUCAGCAAAUUGCCUCUUAGAUCUUGUGGGAAGAUUACUGGACAAAUCUAAUUGCAUUGAAAGGCUAUGCGUUAAAAUAUUUGGAAUUUCUGUUAAUGCAAACCAAGUUAGUUCUUUAAUAUCUUCUAUUGCAAAGAACAAAGUUCAACAUCUUCAUUUCAACCUAGGUGAUGUAACUACUACUACUAACUGUGUACUACCCCUUAGUUUCCUAGCUUUUGAGUCUUUGAAUACACUCUAUUUAGGACUCAGACUCACUCUUCAUAUUCCUAGUGUUAUUUGUUUUCCUAGCCUAAAGAGAUUAGUCCUUGCAUAUGUUAUCUUUGAAAAUGAAAACUCAAUUCAACGACUUUUAUCUAGGUGUCAUGUCCUAGAAGAGUUGGGCUGGUGUAAUUGUCAUUUUAAGAACGUAAAGCAGAUCAAUGUUGCUAUUUCCACAUUAAGGACGUUGAACAUUCAUUUUGACUCUUCUUUUCUAGAUUGUGAUCUUUUUGAUAAUUGUAUAGUCAAGAUUGAUGUCGCGGAUCUUUUAACUUUAAGAUGCAGAACCAAUCCAGCAAUAGAAUUUGCUAUGGUGAAAAUUUAG